GUCGAGUGAGGGCAUAAGCGUGAACGUGUGUAGUCACCAAGUGAAUAAUAUUAACAAAUAUAAAAAGAAAAAACGAAAAAGUGGAAUACACACGCAGAAGCGCGCGAAAAAAGUUUCACUCGAAAGAAGGGAAACAAAAAAAACAAUUGCAACUUUUUAACAGUCGUGUACAAUCUGUAUGUUGUAUAUGUUCAAACAAAACCACUAACACAGCAAUAGCACCAACAACAACGCAACAAAGUUUUAAGCAACAACAAAAAACGACAAGCUAAACAUAGCUAAAACAACAACGCAAUUGCAACAAAACCAACAACCAGUAGCAGAACGGCCAUAUAAAAAAUUAAAAAAAAAUAAUAAUAAUUCGGAUAUUAUUCAUAUAUCUCCAAUUAACGGAUCAACAGCCACAUAACGUGGUGAUUUCACAAAAAAAAAACAACCAGAAAAUCCGAAGAAAAUAUUAUUAACCGCCUGCUCUUGGGUUUUGUGCGAGUAAUAAACAAGGAUUCGGAUUCAAAACCACAAUGCCUCCAGUCGUAGUUGUGAAAUCCUUGGCCCUCGGAUCAGCUAAAGCCAUUCGAUUCCAAUGAGAGGAGCCUGGGCCCUGAGAAUCUGGAGCAGGCGAGUGCACAGACAUUGCUGAGCAUGAAGCAACCACUACGGACCACUACUACACAGCAUUAUCCCUUGAACAAGAAGAGAUCUUUGUCAAAAAUCAGUACAGAAGCAUCCAGGUCAGGAGCUGAGAAAUCUUUAUACGGCAGAGGAUCAGGAUCAGGAGUAGGAGUCGCAGGAACAGCAGGAGAAGGGUUAACCUAUCGCAGGAGGAGGAGGUGGUCACCGGCCACAUAAGACUUGUCCCCCUCCCCCCUAUACCCAUUGAAAACCCUUCCCUCCAAAUAUCUAUACAAAACAAAUUCAAAAAGAGGAGCCAGUCGGAGUAAAACAAGGAGCGCAGGAGGAGACGGAGACGGCCCGUGUUUGUGUGUGUGUAGGUGGAGUGUGUGUGUUGGCCGUCUCAGUCGGAUAACCAUCAACCCGGAUCCUUAAUCCCUAGACCCAUAUCCCAAACUGAAGCACCAGAACCACAACCACCAUGUCGUCCAGUGAGCCACCGCCUCGUUAUGAGCCACCCGUGGAGCCAGUUAAUGGCAUUGUACAGCCACCGGUGAUGCCGCCAGCGGAGCGACCCGGCCGCAAUACGAACCAAUUGCAAUAUUUGAUCAAGACGGUAAUGAAGGUGAUAUGGAAGCACCACUUCUCGUGGCCCUUCCAACAGCCCGUCGAUGCCAAGAAGCUCAACCUGCCCGACUACCAUAAGAUUAUCAAACAGCCCAUGGACAUGGGUACGAUCAAGAAGCGGCUGGAGAACAACUAUUAUUGGUCCGCCAAGGAGACCAUACACGACUUCAAUACGAUGUUCAACAAUUGCUAUGUCUACAACAAGCCGGGCGAGGAUGUUGUUGUUAUGGCCCAGACGCUGGAGAAGGUCUUCCUUCAAAAGAUUGAAUCGAUGCCCAAAGAGGAGCUGGAACUGGAGCCGGUUACGGCCAAGGGUGGCAAGAAGAAGCAACGGGCGCCGGCUACGCUCAAGUCAUCGUCAUCUGGUGGGGCAUCCACCGGUUCUGGUACAGCCUCCUCGACGGCAGUUAGCAGCGGAGCAGGUAGUGGCUCCACCAAAGUGUCAGCCGCCGCCUCAUCCGCGCAACAGUCUGGCCUGCAAGGGGCGACGGGAACAGGUGGCGGUGCAACGAGCACACCUGGAACUCAGACGGGUUCCGGUGCGGGAGGAGCGACCGCCGCCCGACCCGUAUCCGCCAUGGGCGGCACGGUUUCAUCGACGGCCGGCGGUGCACCGUCCAUACCACCGAUCAGCACAAUGCCACCGCACACGGUACCCGGCAGUACCAAUACGACGACGACAGCGAUAGUUGGCGGCCCUGGAGGAGCCGGUCCAGGUGUUGCCAAUCCCAAUGCCGCCGCCAUCAUGGCCAGCCUUCUAAAUGCGGGUCAAACGGGAUCCUAUCCUGGCGCCCCUGGUCAGACGGCGGUCAACAGCUCCUCGCUUUUAGACGGCAGUACAGCUGCAGUAGCGGCAGCGGCGGCGGCGGGAGCGGGAGCCGCUGGAGCCGGAGGAGUGACAAUACCAGCCGUAGCCGUUAAUGCCGCAAACGCCGUUCAAGCCUAUGUGAAUGCGGGCGUCAGCGUUGGAGUCGAUGCCGUGAUACCGCCUCAGCAGCCCGCGAAAAUAAAGAAGGGCGUUAAACGGAAGGCGGACACCACAACGCCGACGGCCAAUGCCUUCGAAUCACCGUAUGCGCAAAUGGACUCAAAAUCAGCCAAGAUUGCGACGCGGCGGGAGUCAAAUCGUCAGGAUCUUACAUUCCAGGGCUCGGGAUACAAUAUGUCGCCGCUGGGCGUCUCCGGAGUGCCCGGACUUAGCGGUAUGGUGGCCGGCGGAGUUCCCGGUGUUGCAGUGGCCAAGAACAAAGAGAAGCUAUCAGAUGCGCUUAAGUCGUGCAACGAGAUCCUCAAGGAGCUCUUCUCGAAAAAGCACUCGGGCUAUGCUUGGCCGUUCUACAAGCCAGUGGAUGCGGAAAUGCUUGGCCUGCACGAUUACCACGACAUCAUUAAGAAACCAAUGGAUCUGGGCACUGUUAAGCGGAAAAUGGACAAUCGCGAGUACAAGAGCGCGCCGGAAUUUGCCGCCGAUGUGCGAUUAAUAUUCACCAAUUGCUACAAGUACAAUCCGCCAGAUCACGAUGUUGUGGCCAUGGGUCGCAAACUGCAGGACGUCUUUGAGAUGCGCUAUGCCAACAUCCCCGAUGAACCGGUGGCCAAUGCAGCCCAUCAUCAUGGGCAUGGCCAUGGGCACGGUCACGGUCACGGCCACAGUCACGGGCAUGGUCACGGACAUGGCCAUGGUCACGGAUACGGCGGCUCCUCCUCACUUAAACACGAUGCCAGCGAUUCGUCUAGCGAAGACUCUAGCGACACGGAGAACGAAUCAAACUCGGAUGAGGAGCGUAGCGCUAAGCUGAAAAUGCUUGAGUCCAAGCUGCUUGGUCUGCAGGAAGAGAUCCGAAAGUUAUCAGAGGAGGCCUCAGCCAAAAAGAAGGCGAAGAAGAAACUAAAGGAGAAGAAGAAGUCGAUGGGCGGCGGAUCAAACUCUGGUUCGGCUUCGCAUCAUGGCCACGCCUCCGGCGGGGGUGCUAGUGCUGGCGGAGCAGGCGGUGCAGGUUCGGGCGGUCAUGUGAGCGGCGUUUCUGUGCCAGGUGGUGUCGGUGCCUUGGGUGCGGGUGGAGCCGGCGGCGCUAAUCUCAAUGCACUGCUUAGUGGGUCGUUGGUUGGCCCGGGCGGAGCAGCCGUUGCCGGCGGCGUUUCAAAUGUUGGGCAAUUGCACAGCCAGGUUCACGACGUGGCCAUGGCCUUUAGCCAGUUGGCGGGCGGCGGUGCCGCGGCCGGUGGUGGCUUUGGUGGCGGUGUCUCAGCAGCGGGAGCAUCAACGGGCGGCAAGGCGGGCACCCUGGCCGGGGCCUUGGCAGCCGGCGCAGCGGCUGGUGCCGGUGGUACAACGGCGAGUAGCGGCAGCAGUAAAGGUGCUAAAAGCAAAGGCGGACGUGGCGCCAAGGGCAGUGGAGCCGGCGGCGUAGGAGCUAGCAAUAAUGCCGCUGCGGGCAAUGCGGCUGGCGGUGCUGCGGGAGCUGCAGCAGGCGCUGGAACUGUGGGAGGUGUUGGCGGUGCAGGAGCUGCGAGUGGCGGCAAUGCUUCCAAACGAGCUAAGGGCAGCAGUUCAGCGGGUGCUGGUGGCGCUGUUGGGGGUGCGAAUGCUAGCACAGGUGGCGCCGGGGCCCGCGGCAGCAGUAAAAAGAAGCCAAGUCAGGUGAUGAACUUCGACUCCGAGGAGGAGGACACGGCCAAGCCAAUGUCGUACGAUGAGAAGCGCCAGUUGUCGCUCGACAUCAAUAAGUUGCCAGGUGACAAGCUGGGCCGUGUGGUACACAUCAUCCAGAAUCGGGAACCAUCGCUGCGUGACUCCAAUCCCGACGAAAUCGAGAUCGACUUCGAGACGCUGAAGCCGUCGACGCUGCGCGAGCUUGAAAGCUAUGUGGCGUCGUGUUUGCGCAAAAAAACACGUAAGCCAUAUUAUAAAAAGCCCUCCGGCAAGUCAAAGGACGAGCAGAUGGCCGAGAAAAAGCAGGAGUUGGAGAAGCGCCUGCAGGACGUCACCGGUCAACUGGGGGCAAGCAAGAAAACCGCCAAGAAAGAUGAGUCCGCUUCGAACAAGGUCGAAGCAGUGCAGCCGGCGAAUCCCGUCUCGUCGAGUUCCAGUUCCAGCGAUUCAUCGUCGUCGAGUUCGAGUGAUAGCAGUUCGAGUGACUCGAGUGACAGUGAAGCAGGUGAUGGUGACGAGCGACCGCCGCGCAAGAAAAAAUCCCGUGACUCGAAUGGAAGCAAUGUAAAUAAUCCAAGUAUAAAUGUUGUUCUGGGCGGCAACCCGCCAGGUGGCGCCCUUACGCCAGUGACAAUGUUAAUGGGCCUGGACCAUGUGGUGAACUCCAAUACACCAUCACAAAUGUCAAAUAUGCUGGGUAAUGCAAAUCCGCUGACCGCAGCUGCCAUGUUAAACAACAACAACAAGCCGUCUCUGCCGGGAAAUAAUUUUGGUGGUGCACCCACUCCCGGUGCCGGCAACAUGUUACACGCCAGCGGUAGUUCAGUUGCCGGUGCUGCAGUGUCCGCGGCGACAGGGCAGCAGCACAACAAGAAUGGACCAAUUACUACCACCGCCGCCCUGCAGUCGCACAGUUUUGCCGGUAGCACGGCAGCUGUGGCCACUAGUCAAUCGAGUGGUGGUAUUCGCAUUGCAAGCAAUCUGCAUAAGCCGGCCGGUUUAACUGGCGGUGAUCUGGGCGAGCACCAUGCGGCACUAGCGGCUGCUCUGACGUCCGGCGUUAACAGCACCGGCACUUCUAGCGGUGGCAACACCGGCAGCAGCAUUAGCAACAACAACAACGGCGGCAGCAAUAAUAACACAAAUCCAUUGGGGGGAGUGCAUGGGGAUGCGAUGGCCAAUGCUUCGCUGGCAUCGGGACUUAAACAAAUACCACAGUUCGAUGAUCCCGUGGAGCAGUCUUUGGCCUCGUUAGAGUUUAGCGCCGGUUCCACGGGCAAACCGUCACUAACGGACAACUUUUUGAUGCAGCAACAUUUAAUGCAGCCAGCCGGACCCCAACAGCAGCAGCAGCAGCAGCAACCCUUUGGGCAUCAGCAGCAACAACAACAGCAGCAGCACAUGGACUACGUGACAGAGCUGCUGACCAAGGGUGCGGAGGGUGUAGGCGGUAUGAAUGGCAACCACUUGUUGAACUUCAAUCUGGACAUGGCAGCGGCGUACCAGCAAAAGCACCCCCAGCAGCAACAACAGCAACAGCAACAGGCGCACAACAAUGGCUUCAAUGUGGCCGAUUUCGGCAUGACCGGAUUCGAUGGUCUGAAUAUGACAGCGGCCUCAGCAUUCCUCGAUCUAGAGCACACGCUCCAGCAGCAACAAAUGCCGCAAAUGCAGUUGCAGCAGCAACACCAGCAGCAGCAACAACAACAGACGCACCAGCAACAACAUCACCAGCAAACACAGCAGCAACUAACUCAACUAACGCAACAACUGCAACAUCUCCAUCAGCAGCAACAUCAACAGCAACUACAUCAGCAGCAACAACAGCAGGUGGCCAAUAAGUUGUUGAUAAUACCCAAGCCCAUCGAAUCGAUGAUGCCCAGUCCGCCGGACAAACAGCAAUCACAGCAGCAUCAGAAGGUGUUGCCGCCGCAGCAGUCGCCCUCGGAUGUAAAGAUGCUUCCCAACCAGGCAGCGGCUGCAUUGGCCCAGGGCAAGCUGGCGCAGACUUUUAAGGCAUCCAACGAGCAGAACCUUAAGAACGCUAGCUCAUGGUCCUCGUUAGCAUCCGCGAACUCGCCACAGUCGCACACGUCGAGCAGCUCGAGCAGCAGCAAGGCAAAGCCGGCCAUGGACUCGUUUCAGCAGUUCCGCAACAAAGCCAAAGAACGCGACCGUCUCAAGCUGCUGGAGGCGGCAGAAAAAGAAAAGAAAAACCAAAAGGAGGCCGCCGAAAAGGAGCAGCAGCGUAAGCACCAUAAGUCGUCAUCAUCCUCGUCAUCGGCAUCGGCUGCGGCCGCACAAGCUGCCGCAGUUGCAGCCGCAACAGCAGCGGUGGCACUAGGUGCAGCAGCAGUGGCGGCAGUGGCGUCGAAUUCAUCAAACGCUUCCGGCGGCAAUAGCAGUGGCGGUGGUGGUCCAACCAGCAACCAGGCAAUUAGUGGCGAUCGCGAACGUGACAGGGAUCGUGAACGAGAACGUGAGCGUUCGGGAAGCGGUGGUGGUCAAUCCGGCAAUGGGAACAACAGCAGCAAUUCGGCCAACAGCAAUGGACCUGGCAGUGCGGGCAGUGGUGGCAGUGGUGGCGGCGGAGGCAGUGGCCCAGCCAGUUCUGGUGGACCAAACAGUGGCGGCGGCAAUGUCAACAGCAACAGUGGCGGGGGUCCAGCACUACUCAAUGCUGGCAGCAAUAGCAACAGUGGUGUUGGUAGUGGCGGAGCAGCCAGCAGCAACAGUAAUAGCAGCGUUGGUGGCAUCGUUGGAAGCGGCGGACCUGGAUCUAAUAGUCAGGGAAGCAGUGGUGGUGGCGGAGGGCCAGCAAGCGGAGGCAUGGGCAGCGGCGCUCUUGAUUACGGUCAGCAGGUGGCGGUGCUAACGCAGGUUGCGGCCCACGCUCAGGCGCAGCAUGUGGCUGCCGCAGUGGCCGCGCAAGCCAUUCUGGCCGCCUCGCCCUUAGGCGCCAUGGAGAGCGGAAGAAAAAGUGUGCACGAUGCACAGCCGCAGAUAUCGCGGGUGGAUGACAUCAAGGCGUCGCCGGGCGGACAGGGACAGAGUUCGCCGGCGCAGCAAUCGCCUCAGGAUCGGGCUGCCGCUAAACGGGCCGAGCAGCGACGGGCUGAGCAGGAGCGGCGCAGGCGCGAAGCGAUGGCUGGCCAAAUCGAUAUGAACAUGCAGAGUGAUCUCAUGGCUGCAUUCGAGGAGACGCUGUAGGCCAAGGCCCGGAGAAAGUCGACCAACCGGGGCGUAAGCGUCAUCGGCAUCACCUCAACUACAACCACAAACGCAUCAUCCUUCACCAGCGGCGACCAAUCGAAGCGGCGAACAAAGCGCCAGCAACGGAUCACGUUGGACAACGGCUUGCGAGAGCAAAAGCAACACGGCUAGGAAAUAAAACGAUGACAGUUCGUCAUGGAACUGUUAGAGCAAACAAACAACCAACAAACAAAUGAAAGAAACAAACAAACUGCAUAGGCUAAAAACCAUUAAGCAAUGUUCUAAGGCGUAAAUAACAUACGUACAUUUAGUGAGUAUAUAUAUAAAGCAUAUAUGCGGAUGGAGCGAGCAGACAAACAAAAAUGUGAAAGCCACCAGCAAAACCAAGCAGCAGCAACAGCGGCAACAAUUUAUAUAUAUAACAGAAAGAAUGGCAAAUUUCCUUCGAUUAGCAAUUUAUUAUUCACUACCUUUUUUUAAAAUCACUUAUCACUUUCGAUUAUUAUUGUGUAUUAAAAUUACCAUUAUAAUGGUGGAUCGUGGCGACAAGGAAGUCCGCACACGGUUCCAAAGCUUAUUAUUUUUAAUAUUAUUGAUUGCAUAGGCAAGUUUAGUUUGUAGUCAUACACUUAAUUAAUAAUGUUUUUUUUUUUCUUAAUUGUAUACACACAUCUAUGCUUAGAGUUGUUAACUAAUUUAAAAAACAUAAACAAAACAAACGAGAAAACUACAACAAAAAAAAGAACAAAGAAAACAAAUCGAAACGAAACGAAAUCAAUUCAAGAGAUGCAUCUAUCCGCAGGGGGACGUUUCAGUCGCAGUUGCCUGUCCAGAAAUCCAAUUAAAUUAAGUUUCAGAAAUUUCAUUAAAAAUGUAUAUCUCUCCUGACGAUCCCCAUUCCCAAACCAUACCACUGACCGCUGAGAGCAAAUUUAAUGGAAUCUUAUUGUUUUACGUUUUAAAAUUUCUGGCGGCCAAAGAGCAGCACUUGCACAUCACCCACACACCUGUAAUUUAUACAGCCUCAAAAAGAAUAUCUUUAUAUAUAUAUAUAUACAUAUAAAUAUACAUAUUUAUAUAUAUAUAUAUCUGUAUGUAUAUAUGUAUUAUAUAUACACACACACACACACACAUUGACAGACACUUGGAUGAAACCUAAUACGAGAAAGAGAAUCACAAACCAAAAACCCCAUUUAGUAGGUCACGAUUCAGCUGAAAAUAUGGAAACAAAUUUAGUUAUUAAGUAGCUACAUUUUUUUUUGUAAGGACUCGCCAAAACAAAAGAAAAGAAGUGAAGUGGAAAAUAUAUUGUAAUUUUUUCUAAUGACCACAGGCCUUCGCAAGUAGGUGUCAGGAUGCUAUCCCCCCAAAUUGCAGUGACAAUUCAGUAAAAUUAAUCAAUGAUACAUGUUUGGAGUCUCUGCCGUCUUCCAUAUGUAUUGUUCGUCUAUAUAUCUUCAUCAUCUGCAUGCAGCCGAACCUCCUCGUCAAUGUGUGUCCCUGUAUAUAGAUCUAUAGGUCCUUCUAAAUCAUCAUACCAUCGGGGACUCUGAUCCUGUUAUAGCAAUAGGAAUUAUGAUAGCAACUAUCUAUGUAAAAGCUAGCGAAAGAAUUCAUGUAACUGUAUUUGUAUAAUGCACGUCUCUAUUGUUUUGAAUUCUAAAUGUAUAUUUAAUUUGAAUUUGAGCUUGUGGUUCUGAUUUCUGUAUGUUUUUAACGUUGUGAAUCUGUCUGUGGGUGUUUUUUUUGUUGUUUUAGGAAUACACGAGUUUGUCUUUGUAUAUAGAGGCGGUCAAAUAGAUUCGUAUCUUUUCCCGACUUACUCUCGCAGGAAAUGUCACUUUGAUUUGUGUAAAUUACUUUUUCGACAGCGAGUAGUAGAAAGAAAAUUAGAUUAUCACAAAAUAUCCCCUAUUUUAUUCUAUUAUAUAUAUAUAUAUGAAAGUGCAUCAGAUAUACAUAUAUAAAAAAGGAGAAAUUUUUUUUCUAUACUUAAUUUUAGCAUUUAACUGAGAAAUAAAUCGCACGAGGAGAUAAACAAAUGUAUGAAAAUAAAAAUUGUGAAAAACCAAA